CUCGGCAUCGUCUGCGCCAUCACACCCGCAGCCUGGCACUGGAAAAACCGCAACAUCCCCGCCCUUUGCCUGAUCUUCUGGGUAACCCUCUCCAACAUAAUCUACUUCGUCAACUCCCUCAUCUGGCACGGAAACAUCUGGGCAGAGUGGAAUGGGAAAGUAUGGUGCGAUAUCGUGGUCAAGGUCUUUACGGGAAACGAUGUCGGGACGACUGGAGCGGCAGUCGCGAUCGAGAGGUAUUUGGCGAGGGUUAUGGAUCCGAAUACCCCGGCUAGGUUGACGAGUGCGCAGCAGAAGAGGUAUAUGUGGGAGGAUAUCACGUUGUCGUUUGGCAUGCCGAUUAUUUUGAUGGCGACGCAUUAUAUUUACCAGCCGAAUCGGUACGUGUUGAUUCAGUACCAGGGAUGUGCGGCGUCUGCGGAUCCUUCGUGGCCAACGAUUCCGUUGAGGUAUAUCUGGAACCCGAUCUUUGCGUUCAUGGGUGCGUUUUACGCUUGCAUCGUUUUGUACCGGUACUACAAGCGCAGACGCGAUUUCGGCACCAUUCUCCGCAAUUCCGGAACAGGGUUGACGACUGCUCGAUUCGUCCGCCUCAUCCUUUUCUCGUCCCUCUACAUCGCCGCAUUCCUCCCUCUCUCACUAUACGUUUUCAUCCAAAACGUUCGACGACCUCUCCUUUCUUACUCCUGGGAGGCCGUCCAUGAGGGUUGGAACACGUACACCAGAAUCAGCGGAAACGUCGCCGAUGCCGGGACCGUACAGAAAUGGAUCCCGCCCACCGCCGCGAUCCUCCUCUUCCUCGUUUUCGGAUUGGGUACGGAUGCGAUGAACAUGUAUCGCGAC